AUGGAAGUCAAUAGAAGAAAUAAAACAAAGCAAGUUCCUCAAUUUACAACUGAUGUAAAUCCCCUUUACAGAUGGGUCAAACAAUUGGCAUAUCCUCAAGAGCAAACUUUCCGCACAACCUAUUGGAAAAUUGAAUUCCAAAAGAUUUCAGAAAUAUCAAAGGUUAAAUUUAAAAAAUCGCUGAGAUGUCUCGCUGUUACAAAAAUAAGCCCAAAUUUAGAAAGUGAAACUUGGCAAACUCAGCCUUACAUGCGACAAAGGGGUUCGAAAAUAACGAUUUUCUCUUUGAGGCAACAAAUGCAAUCAAUAUAA